AUAAGCCCGCGGAGUUUCCGCGUCCUGUGACUGCAGUCAGGUGGUGCUCGGGGUUCCCUUCUCACUUCCCUCCCUCCCUCCCUCUGUCCUGCUCCGUCUUCCCCCUCCUGGCGAGGGCCGGCCCUGCGGGGAGCCGGCUGGGGAAAGUUGGAGGAAAGUUGCUAGCUGGGAAAGUUUAGAAGCGGGAUUGCCGCGGCCCCGGCAGCCCGGCCUCUCCGCCACGCUCCACGGGAGGGAGGGCCGAGGAUGGCCGGCGGGGAAGGAGCGGGCUCCGGCGUGCCGGAGUGUCGGGAGCACCUCUUCAAGGUGCUGGUGAUCGGGGAGCUGGGUGUGGGGAAAACCAGCAUUAUCAAGCGGUACGUGCACCAGCUCUUCUCCCAGCACUACCGGGCCACUAUCGGCGUGGAUUUCGCGCUCAAAGUCAUCAACUGGGACAGCAAGACUCUGGUGCGGCUGCAGCUCUGGGAUAUAGCAGGCCAGGAGCGCUUUGGAAAUAUGACCAGAGUAUACUACAAAGAGGCAGUUGGUGCUUUUGUGGUCUUCGAUGUCACAAGAGGCUCCACUUUUGAGGCUGUUUCAAAAUGGAAGCAUGAUUUGGACAGUAAAGUACUACUUCCCAAUGGCAGCCCCAUCCCUGCUGUUCUUCUUGCAAACAAGUGUGACCAGAAGAAAGACAGCAGCCAGAAUCCCUCUCAGAUGGACCAGUUCUGCAGAGAAGGUGGCUUUGUUGGGUGGUUUGAAACAUCUGCCAAGGACAACAUCAACAUAGACGAAGCUGCUCGAUUCUUGGUGGAAAACAUCCUUGCCAACUACAAAACCUUUCCUAAUGAAGAGAAUGAUGUGGGGAAACCAAAACUGGACCUAGACCCAUUGAAAGCAGAGAGUAAAUCACAGUGCUGCUAAUGCUACCACUGUUAAGAAAAUAUGAUGGGAUGAGCAGCAAGACUGUUCCUUAAAUCAAAAUGCUGCUAUGGUGCUGCGUUGUGACAAUCCAUAUGGGGUGUCUGGUACUAUCUGAAUUGGUGACUCAUUUGGGUGUUUACAUAUUUUUGUUUAGCAUGAAACUGUGGAUCUUGUGAGUUAUCAUUCCACUUGCUUAAAUGACUGCAUCUUAGUCUGAUUAGUGUCUUCUUACUUGAGAACAUAAGGUAGUGUUUACACUCCUAAAGAGGAACAAAGACAACAUUCAGCGUCCUGUUUGCUUCUAGGACAUAUGCUACUUGUCAAGAUUUUAGCUGAAUAGACACUUGCACCUUUAAAGUAAACUUUUCCUUUGUCACCAGUAAUGUCUCACUUUAGCCUUCUCACCUGCACAAUUGUCCCUAUUUAUUAUCCCCCACUGUGAGGGUCUGUCUCACUGCUAGUUGUCCUGGACCAAAGCAUCCCAGAAAUCUUGAAGGGGCCAAUGACAGAUGGGAAGUGUCUUUCCUAGUGUGAUCACUAGGACUGAGUGGAAUAGAUGGCUUUUACCACUGAGUUAAGCCAAGAUGGUUAAAUUAUUGUAUUUAACAAGGGAAAGACAUGGUUAUGGAGAUAAUUACAAAAAUGCAUCUCCAGCCAUUUAAGGCAGAAUAUUUUCAACUAAUACUUUACAUAUGAAACACAUUAAUAAUAAAAUUAUAGUUGUGGUAACCUCACCUGUAUGCACACCCAGAAAUAGAAUUCAGUGACUUUUUCAUGCACUAACACUGAAAGCUUUACCAAGAGUGCAAAAAGUACUUACCUUACUGUCCUGUGAUAAUGAACUUCCUUCUUUUUUCUUCUGUCUUGAGAUGGUUCUGAAUACCAUGAGGAAAGAGGGAGGUCUUGGAGGAAAUAUAUAACUGGUUCAUGCUAGUCUGUCAACCCCCUUGCCCCAAGCUCUAUCUCGUUCAGUUUUAGAACAGUGCUGUGCUCUUUUGCCUACUUUGAACUGAUGAACUGGCUUACCUGUUUGUAACUGUAUACUGAGAUGCUUGUUUCUUAUAACACUCAUAUGCAUUUUCGGCAGCAAAUGAAGAUCAAAAGGUUUAGAGAGACUUUAUGGUUCUUGAAUGCAUUCUGGAACUCUGGCUCUGCCUGGCUCAAAGGCUUUGAAGCUCCUCUUUGUAUUAAGGGUUUCUUCUGUCCUAUAACUCAUUGCUACUGAAUUUGCAAGUCUUAUCUUGCUUGGUUUGAUGGUGCUGAUGUUUACUUAAACAUCAGAAUUAAGUAUGUUCAGGAUUUGAUAUACUUUAAUCUGUAUUGAGAUUUCCUAGGCUUUUUUUCUAAAGAGUAAUGUAAUUUUUAAGAGAUAAAUAAAUAUUUUGGGGCAUCUUA